AUGAUGGGAUGCUCCUGUACAGAAGACAGAUUUGGAAGAUCUUUAUUAUGCAUGGAGACUGCUUUGGGCUCUCUACCCCAGAACAUUCCAGGAGAUUACAUAAAAUUCAGAAUUGAGAACUCAAAUCUGACAGAACUACCCCAAAAGGCUUUCAGCACAAUUAAUGCCUUAGAAUCACUAUGGCUGAACUUCAACAAAAUCACCCUGAUGAAUGUUAAGAGCCUCAAGGGCUUUCAUAAUCUGACAGAACUGUGACUGCAAGGAAAUAAACUGAGAUUAAUACCAUGGACAUCUUUCCAGGACACACCCAGGCUUAAAAUCCUAGACUUUAAGCACAACCGUUUAGACACACUGCCAGAAAAUUUGCUGCACCACCUGCGUACACUGACCUGUUUAGAUUUAUCCUUCAAUCAGCUUACCGUUGUUUCCAGUGAUGUCUUCCUCAGCUCUCCCCGCUACCCCAAUGACCCCUGGCUGUGUGACUGCAGACUCAAAGGCUUUGUUGAAUUUGUCAACUCCAUCAGCUUGCCCUUCAUCUUGAUGAACCCUUUUCUGACUUGCUCAGGCCCAAAUGCCAGGGCAGGAAAAAAUUUUCAUGAGCUGAAGCUGACGACUUGCCUGAAGCCAGAGACUGCCACGUCACAAGCAAUCAUCACACUUCUGCUAGGGACAAGCACUACAUUGAGGUGUUCAUUGAAAGCAAGGUCUGAUUCGAUGGUAGAAUGGAACUACAGUUUAAAGACUAUCAGAGGAUUUAUAGUCUCUCAGUUGCAGGUGAGUGAGGACACCAUCAGCUCAGCUCUGUUAAUCCCCUCUGUUCACCUCAUUGACUGCACAGCCAGCAACUUGCCUGGAACUUCUUCUGUUGGCAUCCAUCUUAAUGUCCUCUCCACAAACAUCUCCUUCCCCAUGCGCCAUCCAGUGGCCUCUGCUGAAGAGAAUGUUUAUGUCAGCAUGUGAAUCGCCAAGCAGACUGUGGAUGGCAUUACUGUGGAGUGGAACGCUGUGACAGAGAACCCUGCUGAUACAUGGUUCAUGGUGCAUUUCAGUCGCUACAAUUCACAGAAGAAAGAGAUGCUCUAUUUUGGCGCGGGUGUCAACAGCUUCUUGGUAAAAGAUCUGCUACCUGCCAUGAAGUACGAGGUGUACGUGUCAUUUAUGAACCAGCCGACUUGACAGGAGCAUUGUAUUGAACCGGAACAGUGUGGGCGACUAAUUCACAUCAUUGUGAUCGUGGUGCUAGCCAUCACUGCUGGUAUGUAUGUCUGCACUAAUGACAUCAGGGUCAGUUGCUUUGACCACUGUGCAGGGUUUUGCGAGAAAAGCAGGAGAGAAGAGAAGGACUUAAAGCAGAGUGACAGGCACGGAACGUUCAACAGUCUGCAGGCCACCGGUGACAACAGUGUCUGA